CCAGCUGCAGGAGGGAAAAGUGGAAACCUCCAGCUCUGCUGCUUCAAGCUGCUCACACUGAAGGUGAGUUGGACCAAAACACUCAGAGUCACUUUGAGGGAAGUUAGUAGAGGAGGGAGGGAGCCGAGACUGACUGGACCUUCUGUGUUUUCAGCUUCACUCAGAGACAAAAUGGCUUCCAGAUCAGAGGAGGAUCUCUGCUGUCCGGUCUGUCAGGACGUCUUUACGGAUCCGGUUGUUCUGUCAUGUAGCCACAGCUUCUGUAAGGAGUGUCUGAAGAACUGGUGGAGAGAGGAACCAGCAAGAGAGUGUCCAGUUUGUAAGAGGAGAUCUUCAAGAGAGGAACUGACUUUAAAUCUGGCUCUGAAGAACCUGUGUGAAUCAUUCCUACAGCAGAGAGACCAGAGAAUCCCAACGGAUCUCUGCUCUCUGCACUCUGAGAAACUCAAACUCUUCUGUCUGGACCAUCAGCAGCCAGUUUGUCUCGUCUGCAGAGAUUCAGAAAAACACUCCAAGCACAGAUUCAGGCCCAUCGAUGAAGCUGCUCAGCAACACAGAGAGAAACUGAAAACAUCUCUGGAGCCUUUAAAGAAGAACCUGGAGAUGAAGAAGGAAGUUAAAGAGGAGUUUGAUCAGACAGCAGAACACCUGAAGGUCCAGGCCCGACACACAGAGAGGCAGAUUGUUGAGCAGUUUAAGAAGCUUCAUCAGUUUCUGACAGAGGAAGAGGAGGCCAGGCUGGCUGCACUGAGGGAGGAAGAGGAGCAGAAGAGAGGGAUGAUGAAGGAGAAGAUGGAGGCUCUGAGCAGAGAGAUAGCAGCUCUUUCAGACACAGUCAGAGCCACAGAGGAGGAGCUGAGAGCUGCAGACGUCUCAUUCCUGCACAACUACAAGGCUGCAGUGGAAAGAGUCCAGCGCUGCCCCCUGCUGGAGGAUCCACAGCUGCCCUCAGGAGCUCUGAUAGACCAGGCCAAACAUCUGGGCAACCUGGCCUUCAACAUCUGGAGCAACAUGAAGGGCAUGGUGACCUACACUCCUCUGGUUCUGGACCCAAACACCGCUGGGUCAAAGGUCAUCCUGUCUGAAGAUCUGACCAGUGUGACUUUGGCAGAGAGACAGAAGUUUCCUGAAAAUCCAGAGAGGUUUGAUCAUAGUUGUUCUGUUCUGAGCUCUGAGGGUUUUAACUCAGGGAUCCACAGCUGGGAUGUUGAGGUUGUAGACAGUGAAGACUGGAUCCUUGGCAUGUUGGCAGAGUCUGUCCAGAGAAAGAAAUUCAUAAGGGAUGGAUGGUUGGGUGUCUGCUUCUAUGAUGGUGAAUACUCAGCAGUGUGCGUACCAGCUCCUUUCACAGUUCUCUCGGUCCAGCAAAAGAUACAGAGGAUCAGAGUGAAUCUGGACUAUGACGGAGGAAAGUUGUCGUUCUUCGAUUUGGAUACUAACACACACAUUCACACCCUCACUCGCACCUUCACUGACAAGACGUUUCCUCUCUUCACCACUGAGGACAAAAUAAAAAUCCUGCCAAUGAAAAUCUCAUUGACCAAACAGCAGCUCUGAUGUUUGAAGAACACAAACUACAAAUAAACCGUAUUGGUCAGAUUGAAACUGAAGAUAAUCUGAUCAUCUGGGGGUUUUAUGAUUUGAUUAUUUUGAGUUUGUCGUCUCUCAUUACUGGAAACCAAUUUGUGUUGCAAACACUGUAGAGUAUGAUCUGUUUUUAAACUGUUUUUAUGAAUGAAUCUGUUGCACCAGAAUGUCUUCACUGUGACAGUCUUUUCUAAAUAACUAUGAAAAGUUCUGAAAUAAGGAUUGAUUGAUUCUGCCUCCGUCAUUCGUUUGUUUGUCCUCAGAGUUUUCCAAAUUUUUUUCCACUGAGAAACAGUUUCUGAAAAAGCAGAUUAUAGUUUAUAGUUUGGCUUUUUGGAGCUUUUUGAUUUGACCUGAUUUUAUGUUCUGAGUUACAUAGCAAAUAAAUGGGCCAACAUUUCCUCAAAAAAGAAAAAAAGCCACCUGUUGAACUCAGCUUAAGGAGAACGCCUUGGUCCAACAUAAGGUUGCUUCAGUCAAAUACUAACGCUGGUCCUAAACCAGAUACAGUGGUAAUAAUAACCCGAUUUCAAAUACCACAGUAGCUGCCUUAGUCCAGUGAGUUCUGCAAAGGAGAGCUGGAUUUUAUAUUGGUGGAUGUAUAAAUGCAUAAAGAUUGAUGCUUCCAGUGAACAGAAGAUCAGAAAAAGCAGAAGAAAAAAAAAAACUCAGUUUGAAAAGAAAACUUUAUUAACCAUCUUUUUUUUUAAAACUACUGAUGAUGUUUAAGUCUGAGUUUUGCAUCCUGUUCAGGUCUGAGAGCAUCAAGGGAACAAGCAGGUUAUUUAAACACAGAGGAAACACAGAUUCAAAAA